UGCGAAACUCACAGUGCGUCACGUGACAUUUGUUGAUAAAUAUUUUAGGAAGACUGUUGUCAGAACUAGCAGGCUAGGUAAAGCUAAAGGACACUUGACAUGACGUAAGGAGAAGGAAAAUUGCAGAUAAAAGCAAAUAAAUUUGAUUCCAGAUCCCGGAUAAUGGCUGAAAGCAGUUCAAGUAGUACAGGUGGAUGGGAAUUCAUAGGCAAAGAUGGAAAAAGGUCAGAGAGUUUUGAUGAUAACCAAAGUGAAACCUCAGACAGUUCAAUCGAGGUUGUUUCUGUGGAUACCACUGACCUUCUCUCCUUGGAAUCUGUGCAGGCACCAGCUUUACCUUCAGUCGCCUCUGGAUCUUUUCUUGUCCUGAGACUUAGGAGUAAAGAGAAGGAUUCUGUGACAGAAUCCGAUGAGUCUGAUGAGCCUCAAAAUAAAGAUCAAGGGACCUUGAAGAGACGUAGGAAAUCAAAGCCCAGAUCUCUGAGGUCACAGGAGUUUACCCUAUCUUCAGAUUUGUCUACACCAAGCGAGGAAGAAAAGGACUUUGUAGCAAUAUCUGAUCCUCAAAAGGAGGGUGCUGAGAGUGUGCUGAACAAACAGGAGAAAGACGCGGUAGAGGAACUUGAGGAGGAAGAAAUACAUAAGAGCUUACAGGCAGUAGACAAUGGUUCCAUGCAUGGUUUUCAAGUUAUUGAGGCUCCACAUGUGGAGGACCAGGAAUCAGCUGUUCCUUCUCCAUUUGAUGAAAAUGAAGGGGUGGAUCAAGGGACUGGAGAGGAGGAAGACUUCUUGUUUCUUGGAGUUCCUCAAGAUGAUCCAGAUACUGAGUCAUCUCCAGAAAUGGAAGAUGAGCAGGAUGAUCGCAUUGAAAGUGACAGGAAUGAGGAACGCCACAGCGACGAUUUCUCUACAUUUUCAAAUGUUGAUAUCAGUGACUUAAUGGCUGAAGACAACCUCAUCAGACAAUACGUUUUUCGACCCAAUCCAAGUGUUAAUGUAACCCUGAACUUUGUAAUGGUGGUAGUGAUUUCUGUUGCAUUUGGGCUUGGCAUUGGUCAUGCUAUUGGAUCUGCCAAGGAGAGAUUUUCAAACAUGAACAUCAGGGAAAUGUCUUUCAACAUGGAUGGUGAUGGAGACUGUCCAUUCGAUAUGGAGGAUGUGGAAAAACUGACCGCAGAAAACCUGGAGUUGAAGGAGGAGGCAAACAAAGCUCAGAAUGAAGUUGUGGAUCUUCGCUCAGCGGUCAUGAAAAUGAGAUAUAGUUCUGCUGUAUCAUCUGCAGAGGAGGAGAAAAGACUGACCAAGAGGAAAAACACGGAGCUCAAGUUAGAGGUCAACAUGUUGCAGCAUGAAAAUGAAGAUUUGAAGAAACUGGUAGGAAGUCUGAAAUAUGGGUCACACCCUGGGAAUUUGGAGGGAGGAUGUCCCAAAAAAGUUUCUGAUGAUAAAUUGCAAGAACAAAUAGGGUCCAGUACACCCAUACAUCAUGAUGAUGAACGUGGAGAAGAAAGUAGCAAUGAAAAUAUAAAAGAACUGAAGGAAGAUGGGAAUUUGGAUGACAAAACUGAUGAUCACAUGGUGGUCAAGAGAAAACAUAUUAGCAUCAUUGAAGUAGUGUAUCCUGGUGCAGACAUUAAGGACAUUGAUUCUGGUGAUGGAUUUGAUUUUGACAUUAAUUCCGAUGUAGAGGAUGAAAAUGACAUUGAUUCUUUUGUUGAAGAUGAAUAUGAAGAAAAUGAGAAUGCAAAAGGUCAGGAACAAAUAUCUGAUAGUGAGGGAAAGAAUGAGGGGUUACCAGUUGUAGUUCCUUGCAGCAGCCAGUUGAAUGAUUUAGAGAGGAAAGGAACAUCUGAUGAGAACAGUGAAACAGAAAUGAAAGGUAGGUAUUCUGAUAAGGAGAUGGAAAGUGCUGUCAAGGUAGAGGAGGUUGCAAAAGUUGAUGAGAUAAUGAGUGCAGAAGAGGAGACACAGAAGUAUCAGACAGAGGAGAUUGAAGAGGAUGUGGAAAUUCUGGAUGAAGAUUUAGGGGAUGAAGUGGUUGAGGAUGAGGAAGUGUCUAACACAAGCUCAGAUUAUAUCCCGAAUGCAGAGGAUGAACCAAUCAAAGGGUCUACUAAGGAUGAAAAGAGGGAGGAGAAUUUUGAAAAGGAUGGUGGGUCUAGUAAGAAGACUGACUGGAGAGAGACAAUGCACAAGAUCCUAAACAAAACCAAGGCUUCUGUGUCAGAUGUAACUCAGCAGAUUCAAGACACCUGGAAGCAGGUGAAAAAUAUAUCUGAGGAUCUCUGGAAGAAAAAUGAGCCAGUCUUGACUAAAUUUAAAACCAACUUGGUCAUGCAUGUUGGAGAAGCAGCCCAGAAGAUCUCAGCAAAACUGCAGGAGAAGACCAAGAACUGGUUCCCUAGGAAAACAAGAUGCCACGAAGACUAUCCAAGACACAGACAAAAUGAUGAUUAUUACCCUGAAAAAGAACGAAGACGUAAGCACUACCACUGGAGAAAUCAUGAAGAUCAUUAUCCCAAGCACAGACAGAAUGAUGAUAUUUACACAGAAAGAAGAAACAACAAAGAUUCAAUUAAUUUCAAAGCUAGAACAAGAAGAAGGUCAUUCAAAGACGAAAGAGAAAAUCACAAACCUUGGAAGAAACACCAAAGAAAGGCAGAGAAAUAUGAGAGAAAAAGAGUCAAUAAAUUUAAGAAAAUGAAGAGAAGAUUUGAAAAGAUGCAUGAAUAUCAGUUUUGCAAGAUGAAUAUGAAAAAACGGCAUAAGUUCUUUAAUAUAUUAGAGGAGUUUGAUGAGAAAUUCAGGGCUGAUGAGAUGCCUGAUCCAGAUCACAUGUGGUACAGCUGUCAGUGGGAUUGGUGGUGGAAUGCCAUUUCUUUCCACGUUCACUUUAUGUUGAUGGAUCCAAAGUGCCUGGGGACAUUACUACCAUGGCAGGAGGGCAUCUUGGUUUCUGGAAGAUGGGAAUGCCCAGGUUUUCUACAGAAUCCACAGAAACAAAAUCAACAGUUUUUCCAGUUUGGAGAAUAUGACCACGAUGAAGAUGAUGACCACGAUGAUGAUGAUGAAAUCAAUGAAAAGGGUUUUAAGAAUGUGCCCUAUUUCGAUGAUUCAGAAAUCCUGCAGAAAAACAACCAUACGGAGGAGUUCAAAGGAUGUGAUCCAACGAAGGGAAUUUGUGAUUUCAACAAAAACGACUCCUGGUACCUUAAGAAAAUGAAGUUUCGUCAGUACCAGAGGUUCGUAGAUUCCAAAGAGAAAGGCAAAACCGAGUGGAUGUUUGCCAGAGCCAACCAUCGACAACACGAAAGGGAGAGAACUGAUGACAGUCACGUCUUUCACAGAUUCUAUGAGUGCAAGUAGAAUGUAACUUACUGGCUAGGGCUUUUUUAAAUCGUUUUCUAAGAAACUCCCAGUGCACAUAUUUUUGGUCAACAUACUUCAUAAAUUCAGAUUCUGACAGACUUUAUAUUAAUAAGAUAAACUCAAAAUUCAGUAGAAAUAUUUCUAGCCCAUAUGUUUGUUGUCAAGUUUCCUUUUCAUGAUUAAAUGUAUAAUGCAUGCUGCUCAAGUGCUAGAACUUCCAUUUGUGCUUUUAAGAUCAAAGAAUCUAGAACUUCUCAAGAGGAGGAUGAAUUUUAUCUUUGAGAAAAAAAUUGUAAGAGAAUUUGCCAUGUUAUGAAAUAAUAUCCAUACCUAACAAUGGGAGACUUUUAAUGAUAAGUAAGUGGCAAAACCUUUUACAGUAAAACACGGUUACAGAUAACACGCUUAUAGUGAAUUCAGGCUUAUAGCAAAAAUUUUUUCAUUCCCUGUAGUUUUGAAACUUAUUUUAGGAUAUACUGUAAAUCAAAUUUUAUUUGCGUUUAAGAAAUUUUUGAAAAAUUCAUGAGAACCUCAUGAUUGCAAAUAUUUCUUGUUGUGAACCAGUUCUUAAUGUUACUCAUAAUUGUUUAAAAUUAUUUCCAUCAUGAAAAUGAGUCACCGUGAAGCAUUUUAUCACUGUUAAAUGACAAAAUUAAAGUCGAGAAUAAAAUAUGAUUUACAGUAAUGAAUUAAAAUUGUUUGUCUCUAGCAUUUUGCUUUAAGCAUGUUUUAAAUGUAUAUGUUGAAGGUUUUUUUAUGCCUUAGUAUGCUAUCAAGAUAUUUGUAUACCAUUGUCUUUUAAUGAUUUUUCAGAAUUUUGUCAUCGUAUUUUAGUUUUUACUCCUGAAAUAUAUUUUUGUCGUUGAAUUUCUAUGAUUUCAUGAGUUUUAAGAUUCUUCAAUAUUUUUAUCAAAUAAUCAAUGCUUGGUUGAUUUAGAAUAAAAAAGAUUGAAGAGAGAAAAGGGAUACCUUAGAUGCAUCAUAUUUCAUUUCAAAGCACCAGGCAGGGCCUUAUUGUGGAUUAAUGUGAUGUAGGCAAAACAGGUAGAGAACUGCUUACGUAAUGGUCAUUUAUUAUUCUGGUGAAUGCCUAUCAGGUUAUAACCCAGCUUUGGAGUAUUGGACAGUUCUAUCAUCAUUCUAUGGAUAAAAAUAUUGUGGGCUCCAUGGUUUCUGUGAAUGGAAUGUGUAUUGCUUGUUUCACUGAAAAUCUGUAUAGAAGAGUUUUAGAAUUUGUUACUCCAAGCAUUGUGUAUUUAAAGGACAUAGGAUACUCCCUGAAAAUUCAUUUAUAUAGAAAUUUUGUAAAAUGAUUUGUGAAUAUAAUAAUAUUGCUAAAAACUUGUACUUUAUACCACAAAAUUUUCCUAUGAAACCAUGCACCUUUAUUUUGGCAUUAUUCACAAAUCUUCACUUGAAAAUUCAAUGGAAAAAUAUUACCCAAAAAUUGAAAUCCUCUAAAAAUGUCUUUUUAUUGGUGCAUUUCAUGUACAUGUAAUAAUAACCGAUUUACAUUAUUGUUCUAUCAAAUAAUAGAAAAUCCCACGUAAACACAGCAAAAUCCUACAUUGCUUAAUUGAUACAUCCAAAAUCUUGGGUAUCCUAUGACCUUAGAUUUGGACACGCAUAUUGUUACUAUUUUUCAAAUAGAAACUGAGAAUAAAACAUCACUGUUAA